UCAGCUCAAACACUCAGCUACACCAAAAUGCCAAACCACUUAUGCCUCAAUAGCGUCCAAGUAUCACCCUAGCGGCCCCUGUAAAAUGCCUAAAAAUGACCACCCCAGGAAUUGCGCUAACAGCUACAGACUCUCGGACAUCGCUGUACGAAAUAAUACCAAACCCUCCGUAAAAACCCACCAAUACUCCAGCACCUCUAACCCAAAACGUGCACCUUCUCAUAGCAAUAGAAUGCCCUACAACAAACAUAGUGAACUGGCAACACCCACUCAUCCUAAUGUGAAACGACAUUUGACAAGAACCACACCCACACGUGAUACCCAUAAGUCAUAUAGUGUCAACCUUGCAAGCCCCAUGAAUCAAAACAAACUAUACACAUCAGGCCCCCAAAUGCCCUGGUACGGCCGAGAGUGGGGAGAGUCCGCUCUCCCUCUCGAAAUACUCUCACACGGCCACGCGUAUAUAGCCUCUGCCAGGGAAGUCCUACUCACUGCCUUCUCGUGGCGGGGGUGUUGUUUACGAAAAUGAGAGGACGAAAAGCGAAUGUCCGGCGCUUUAACCGGGUUCCAAACCAAUGGUGCACAUGGGCUCCAGUAUCCUGCGGGAACAAAUGGCGAAUGAACCAAUUGUUGGUCACCGGCUUCCAUGGGACUGCAUCUCCUUACGAUGCUCCACUGCCUUGUGGAUCAGACCCUCAGGUCGAAGGCUCGGGGUGUGGCCCCCUAAGAAAACCACCUGCUUCGGUUUGGGCACCCGGGCAGUAUCACAGCCCUCACACAUAUCGGAUGAGAUUUGUGUGGCGCAUAUGUAUUUGGUGCCUCUUUGUACCAUUAUCUAUGUGUUGAAAUAAAUAAAUAAAUAAAUAAUACACAUCAGAAACACCUCUCUUAGCAACAAUAACAGGCAUUCCUUUAUUCCUCACCAGAAACAUACAACCUCCCCAACUAACCACAUUAGGACUAAAAUUGCCCACCGCACACAAGGAAGCCAUAACGUUGGCCUACUUGGAAACCCACCUACUGACUCUAGGUACUAUCUAAGUCAAGCCACCCAAUACAGCGGUUUAGUCCCCCCUAAUUCGACAUACACACUAUCACAUCCUUUUUUAUCUCUCCCCCCCUCAACAUUACUGCUAUGGGGUCUCCAAAUGUUGAGGGCGACAAUCCCACUAUUCUGAAACCAUCUAUAUACUCCGAUUUGAUGGGGAAUGGCAGAUCCUUCUCAACCUCGAUAAAUGUCUCUAGUCUUGAAAACUUCUUGACUGGACCCCCUGAUCAUUCCCCGGACACAUUACCUAACCAUUCAACUCUACCUUCCACUCUUAGACAUACUUCUUUCACCAAAACAACACCCGACUACCCUUCUCGCAUUAACCCUACUGGUAAUAAACUAAACGCUCAUCAAUAUGGAGUCGACGCUCCCAAUUCUUCCUUUUCUCGUUGCAAAACAGACAAAUCACUGGGUAUACAUCAUACCCUUCUACUAGACAAACAGUCACCGUACCUGACACUUAUGUUAAUUAACGCUCGAUCUGUACAAAGUAAGAUGACUCACCUACGCACCCUUUUACUUUUAAACAACCCCUCACUUGUUUUGAUAACGGAAAGUUGGCUGUCCUCCGACACCACAGACACAUUUCUACAAAUAGACACAUAUGAGCUCUUCCGCUGUGAUCGAGUAACCAAGACGGGUGGUGGUUGUCUCGUUUAUGUAUCAAAAUAUUUGAGAGCGGAAAUCUAUAGCGACCACGUCCUCAGUAAACUUCCUGAAUCGAUAUGGCUUACUGUGUACACUCAUGAAUGUAAAAUACUAAUCGGAUGCAUAUAUCGAGCUCCUAACACUCCUAGUUCAAAUGACACUAUUAUAAAUGAGUCAUUUGCUCAGGCUGCCUCACUUGACUUCACUUACAAAAUUGUAUGUGGUGAUUUCAACCUUCCCACCAUCAACUGGAAGACACAUUCUGGCCCAUUGUGCUAUGAAAGCAUACUUACGACCUUCGACAUACACGGCUGGCAACAACAUGUACACCUGCCUACACGAAAUCACAACAUUCUUGACUUGAUAUUCUGUCAUAAUGUCACACCAACAUCAAUGGUGGUUGGCGAAAAGUUUCACAACAGCGAUCAUAAAAUAGUCUUCUGCACCCUUCCGAUUCUUGCCAUAUGCAACAAAUUAAAGACAUUAAACACGCGAUUCCAAUAUAGAGACUAUGCAAAUGCUGACUGGGAAAACUUUCAAUUUCUAAUAAAGCACUCUGACUGGGGCAGUUUCUUUACCAGUAAUAACCUCUUAGAAACAUUAGAAAUAUUCAAUAUCACCACCAAAUCUGCACUAGACACUACUGUACCCUCUAAAAUUGGUUUUAAAACAAUUACUCCAUAUCUAAACCAAAAGACUAGGACUAAACUGCGAAAACUGAUAGACUUCUUCAACGAGGUUACUCGUAUACGUGACCAGAAGAAACUAGUUAUUAUACUAUACUUCGACAUUAAGAAAGCCUUUGAUAAGGUACCUCAUAAUCUUCUAAUCAACAGACUUAAGUCAGUUGGAAUUAUAAAUCCCCUUUUGCAAUGGAUCAAGUCUUUUCUUACGAACAGAUAUCAAAUAACCAAGGUUAACUCUAAUACAUCUACACCUCGACCUAUAACCAGUGGUGUUGUGCAGGGUAGUGUCUUGGGUCCAUUACUCUUUAUAAUCUAUAUCAACAAUAUAUGCAAGUGUUUUAGCACAGGUAAGACAUACCUCUAUGCCGAUGACUUAAAAGUCAUCUAUAAAACUGACAUUUCCGAUUUACGCAGUACUAUGGAAACAAUCCAACGUGACCUCAACAUGGUAAACGACUGGUGCAAACGCUGGAGGUUAGAGCUCAACACAGAGAAAUGCGGCUGGUUAUGUAUAGGAGACACAUCUCUCAAAACGAAACUAACACUUAGCAAUCACAUACUGCCCAGACUGGCAUCAGUAACUGACCUAGGGGUACAUUACUCACACAGUCUUAAUUUCUCUGAACACAUCUCAGCCAAAGCAUCCAAAAUGCGGAAAUUGCUUGGCUUCAUUCUUCGUAAUUUCUAUCAAAAUGAAUCUAAAAUCCUUCUUUACAAAGUUUGUGUAAGACCUAUCGCUGAAUACUGCUCGUUCUUGUUUUCCAACCUACGCGUAUCUGAUAUACUAAAGGUGGAAGGAAUACAACGAGACUUCACUCGCAAGGUACUUAAGACUGACUUGGUCAUUGACUAUAGUUCCCGAUGCCAAAUUUUAGGAAUAGCACCCCUUUGGAAAAGAAGGUUUAGGUCUAAUUUGAUUCUCUACUUCAAACUACUCAAAAACCUUACUUAUUCAACGUGUAAGAUAAUUCUUGCCCGAGAUUCACAUGAAUACGGACUUCGAAACAAAGUAUCUACGGUCAAAGUUGAGAAAUACAGAUCAAAAACUCGGGAAAACUUCUUCCUCACCAAGUAUGCAAUAAUAUGGAACAGUCUUCCCUCCGAAACUCGCAUGGCAGAUGAAUUACAUACGUUUGUAAAACUACUUGAUCAAGCCCUCACCUGCACUGAUCUUGCACGUACGAACACAUCUGCGCCCCACUCAGACAUCAUAGGCUCUCUCCAUGUCUAGACCAAAAUGGACUUCAAGUUCAGUAUGCCUUAUUUUUCCUACUUUGCAGUUGUAUUAAUUACUUUUUCCACCCCAUUUCUUCACUUGAAGUAGACAGGUAACUCAAUGGACCUAUCAUUACUGUUAAGAUAAACUCGGUCGAUAAGGGACACUCACUACCACCCUAAAACGUCAAGAGGACCGCACAAUCGGCUGCCUACUACCAGUGGUCUUGCAUCUAUGGAGCCUGUUACCAAUCAACUGGUUAGGACAACACAAAAUAACAUCAGCACCAAGUUACUAAUCUUGCUCUGAGAGAACGGCUAUGAAACUUCUGACGUUUGGAACAAACUUGAUGUACGCGUCCUCUCAAGGUCAUAGUUUACAGCAAGCGCUCUACGAUUUCACUUUAUAACAACUAUAAACUUAAUAAGUUGGGAAACAUUUUGUGAACCAACAAAUGUUGUAAUUUAUAGAUCAUGCCUGUAAAA